CCACCGCCUUGGAUUGUUUAUAUAUUCUCGUCCCGAUGCAACGCUAUCGUUCUCCACGAUUGACGCCUCGCCGAGGAGAAGGAUCCCUCGCCGGCUCGUUGGAGUUGUUCGAGGGAAGUCUUUGAGGUCACCUGCAAUUCUGCAAGCGGAUAUUGGCAAUGGAGGAAACAGAUAAGAACGUACAGGUCUGGAAGGUCAAGAAGUUAAUCAAAGCUCUAGAAUCAGCCAGAGGUAAUGGCACUAGCAUGAUUUCUCUAAUUAUGCCACCUCGUGAUCAAGUGUCUCGAGUCACUAAGAUGUUGGGUGAUGAAUAUGGAACUGCUUCGAAUAUCAAAAGCAGAGUCAAUCGACAAUCUGUAUUAGCUGCUAUUACUUCUGCUCAGCAAAGACUCAAGCUUUACAACAAGGUUCCUUCAAAUGGACUAGUUUUGUACACGGGAACCAUAGUUACUGAGGAUGGGAAAGAAAAGAAAGUCACAAUUGAUUUCGAGCCAUUUAAACCUAUCAAUGCAUCUCUUUAUCUCUGUGAUAACAAGUUUCAUACUGAGGCAUUGAGUGAACUUUUACAAUCUGAUGAGAAGUUCGGUUUCAUUGUUAUGGAUGGAAAUGGUACACUGUUUGGCACUUUAAGUGGAAACACGCGCGAGGUGCUUCAUAAGUUCACUGUUGACCUUCCAAAAAAGCAUGGACGAGGAGGGCAAUCAGCACUGCGGUUUGCUCGACUUAGGAUGGAGAAGCGCCAUAAUUAUGUCCGCAAGACUGCAGAGCUGUCAACACAGUUCUUUAUCAAUCCUGCCACUAGUCAGCUAAAUGUUGCUGGAUUAAUUUUGGCUGGAUCUGCUGAUUUUAAGACAGAGUUGAGCCAAUCUGACAUGUUUGAUCAACGAUUGCAGGCUAAAAUUCUCAAUGUGGCGGAUGUGUCAUAUGGAGGUGAGAAUGGUUUUAACCAAGCCAUCGAGCUAUCUGCUGAGAUUCUAUCGAAUGUGAAGUUCAUACAGGAAAAGAAAUUGAUAGGUAAAUAUUUUGAGGAAAUAAGUCAAAACACAGAAAAGUAUUGCUUUGGUGCGGACGACACCUUGAAAGCCCUGGAAAUGGGUGCUGUUGAGACACUAAUUGUGUGGGAAAAUUUGGAAAUAAAUAGAUAUGUUCUCAAGCACAGUUCUAGUGGAGAGAUCAUGGUCAAACAUCUUAGAAAGGACGAAGAGACAGAUCAAAAUAACUUUCUAGAUUCCAACACAUCUGCUGAGUUGGAAGUGCAGGAGAAAAUUUCACUUCUGGAGUGGUUUGCCAAUGAGUACAAGCGUUUUGGAUGCACGCUUGAAUUCGUCACUGACAGGUCUCAAGAGGGAUCCCAGUUUUGCCGAGGCUUUGGUGGUAUUGGCGGAAUUCUUCGCUAUCAGCUCGACUUGAGUGUUUUUGAUGAGAUAUCUGAUGGAGAAUAUGAAGAAGAUUUUGAAUAGCAAUCAGCCAACCAUUCACUGGAUUCGGUCCAGGAGGUGCCUGUGCUGGCCCAACCUGAGUCCGAACCGGCCCUCCCCCAGAUCAAUGCUCACACUCCUAAAGCAAUAUAAAUGGUCACGGGUGACUAGAAUAAAGCCAGAAGAUGGAAAACUUUGAUGCAGGAAAAAGUGCGGUUAAUGUUGGAACGAGGAGUCAAGCAGUGAUUGAUAAUACCAAUUUUCUGUCAUCACUUAUUUUCUCAACUGAAGCCUUGUUCCCGAUAUGAAAGAGUUAUCCUUGCUCCUUUUAGUUUAAAGCUUGAUGCUGUUGCCGAUGAUAGAACCAUUUAAAUAAUCUUAAGUCAUAAUAAGCAUAGCUGUUUGUUCUACUGGUGCUUAAAAUAGUAGUUAUUAUCAUGGUUUAAAUCCGUGCUUUGUUGUAAUUGCAUGGGAUGAUUUGUUGUUUUUUUUACCCUUUUUCGAUUUUACAGCUUGGGACUUGUUCAAUAAAAGCAUCUGGUUGAAUGU